CCCAGCUCACACGUCUCAACUCACUGAGCCUAUUCUCCUCCGAAUCCUCUCAAAUCCAUCACUUCACCCUUCAAAGAAACUUGAUUUCUUCCACUGGUGUCGUUCGCUCCGACCCGUGUAUGCGCACUCCGCCGCCGCCUAUUCUCACAUCUUCCGCACCGUUUGCCGCGCCGGCUACCUUAACGAGGUACCAAUUCUCUCCGCUCGAUGAAGGAAGACGGCGUCGUUGCUGAUUCUCAGGCGUUCAAGGUUCUCCUUGAUUCUUUCAUUCGGUUGGGUAAGUUCGAUUCGGCGCUGGAAAUUUUAGAUUGCAUGGAAGAACUAGGGGCUACCUUGAAUCCCCGAAUCUUGAACUCUGUUCUUAUUGCUUUGGUAAGAAAUAACCAGCUGCGUUUGGCUCUGUUUAUAUUUUUUAAGCUUCUGGAUGCUGAAUCCAAUGGUGGUGGUGAUGUUGGUUCUGCCCCUAGCUCCAAUGCAUGUAAUGAAUUGCUAGCUGCUCUUAGAAAAGCAGACAUGAAGGAAGAAUUAAAAAAAGUUUUUGAAAGACUGAGGAAAAAGGAAAAGUUUAAAUUUGAUAUCUGGUGUUAUAAUAUUUGUAUUUAUGCUUUUGGAUGUUGGGGUGAUCUCAGUACUUCUUUAAGCCUCUUCAAAGAGAUGAGGGGAAGAGAAUCUGAUGCAUCUGGGAGUUCAGUUGGGCCUGAUUUGUGCACCUAUAAUAGUUUGAUCAGCGUGCUCUGCAAAGUUGGAAAGGUCAAUGAUGCACUCAAAGUAUGGGAGGACCUUAAAGGAUCUGGUCAUGAACCUGAUGAAUUCACUUACAGAAUCCUUAUCCAAGGCCAGAAAAGUAACAGAAGCUUGCCAGCUUUUCGAGAAAAUGGUUGAAGAUGGAGUAAAAGCCUCAUGCUGGACAUAUAAUAUUUUGAUAGAUGGAUUACUUAAGAAUGGAAGGCCAGAGGCUGCUUAUACUUUAUUUUGUGACCUGAAAAAGAAAGGUCAAUUUGUUGAUCGAAUUACAUACAGCAUCAUUGUGCUGCAACUUUGCAAGGAGGGUCUACUUGAGGAGGCACUCCAACUGGUGGAGGAAAUGGAAGCAAGGUUUUUUAUUGUUGACCUAGUUACCAUAACUUCACUCUUGAUUGGCGUCCAUAAACAUGGCCGUUGGGAUUGGACAGACCGGCUUCUAAAGCAUGUAAAAGAGGGUGACCUGGUCUACAAUGUUCUCAAGUGGAAAGCGGGAAUGGAGGCUUACAUGAAGAGCCAUAAGAGUAAGAAAAAGGAUUAUACUCCAUUGUUCCCUUCCAAAGGAGAUUUUGAGGAGGCGAUGAACCUUAUAACUUCUGAUGAUAUCAACCUUGAUUCAGACGGUGCUACAACUAAAGAUGAGGGGUUGAUUUUAUCCUUUGAAACUGAUGAGUGGUCUUCAUCACCAUACAUGGAUAGAUUGGCCAAGCAAGUAAAGUCUGAUGGCCAUUCUCCUCAACUGUUUUCCCCUACUCCAGCACGACGAGUUCAAGAAAAAAUUUCACAUUCCUUUGAUAUUGAUAUGGUAAAUACUUUCUUGUCCAUAUUUUUGGCUAAGGGGAAAUUGAACUUGGCUUGCAGGCUGUUUGAGAUUUUCACUGACAUGGGGGUGAAUCCUGUGAGUUACACAUAUAACUCUAUAAUGAGCUCAUUUGUGAAAAAGGGCUACUUCACUGAGGCUUGGGCUGUUCUCAGUGAAAUGGGGGAAAAGGUUUGCCCGGCUGACAUAGCAACCUACAAUGUGAUAAUUCAAGGUUUAGGAAAAAUGGGAAGAGCAGACCUAGCCAGCUCUGUUCUUGACAGACUACUGAAGCAGGGUGGUUAUCUUGACAUUGUUAUGUAUAACACCCUCAUUAAUGCGCUGGGGAAAGCAGGCCGUAUUGAUGAAGUGAACAAACUCUUUGAGCAAAUGAAGAAUAGUGGGAUAAAUCCUGACGUUGUGACUUACAAUACAUUAAUUGAAGUUCACAGCAAGGCAGGUCGAUUGAAGGAUGCUUAUAAGUUCUUAAGAAUGAUGCUGGAUGCUGGAUGCACGCCCAACCACGUUACGGACACAACUUUAGAUUUUCUGGGGAAGGAGAUUGAUAAAUUGAGAUACCAAAAGGCCUCAAUUUUGAGUGAAAAAGAUGAUCCUUCUUGAGGGUAUGAAGCCUCGGGUAACUGACUACGUGUAUGUUUGAUUUUUAGUUUACAUCUAGCAAAUGUUUAUUUAAAAGGUCUAAUUAUUUAUUAGAUUUGAUAAAGUGCAUCCUAACUAUAGUUUAAAUGUGUUUUUGAGAGUUACUCAACUAGAACUUUAGAGAGAGAUUUUUAAAGUUUUUUUGUAGUGGAGUUUUGCUCUGCAAUUGUAUUGUGUCAUUUCCUCUAAUCAUAGAUAGGAUACUUUAUUGCCGUGAAA